AUGAUUGGGAUUGGAGCUAUCCCCGCCGGCAUCCAAUGCAUAAUCCUAUUCUGGCUUCCGGAAAGUCCUCGUUAUCUGGUUCGGAAAGGUCGAGAUCAAGCAGCACGGGAGGUCUUAUCCGCGGUCUACAGUGGGGUGCAAGCAGCAGAUAUUGAAGAAAAGGUCUCCUACAUUCGCGAGUUCACUGAGGAUAAGAGGCCCGGAACAAAGUGGGAGAAGGCAAGGAGGGACUUCAAGAGUCUGUACAUCGUCCCGUCUAACCUUCGGGCAUUAGUUCUUGCUUGUGGGUUGCAAGGCAUUCAGCAAUUCUCUGGGUUUAAUUCUUUAAUGUACUUCUCCGCCACAAUAUUCAAAAUUGUGGGAUUUGAAAAUCCUACAGCAGUUAGUCUCAUUGUUGCUGGAACGAACUUCCUGAUGACGUGUGUAACCUUCACUAUAGUCGACCGCGUCGGCCGUCGUAGAAUCCUGGUUGGGACCCUCUGGGGCUGCUCUGCCGGCCUGGUGAUCUGCGCAAUAGCUUUCCACUAUCUCCCCCGCGAUGCUAGCACCGGCGAGAUCAACGCGACAGGUUCCAACCGCUGGGCCAUCCUAAUCCUGGUGAGUCAAAUAAUCUACGUGAUGUUUUACGCCCUGGGGAUCGGCAACAUCGCUUGGGUCGGGCAGUCUGAGGUUUUCCCCUACAACGUGCGCGGUUUCGGAACCGGUAUGGCCACCGCUACGAAUUGGGGUGCGAACUUGAUCCUUGGAUCCACCUUCUUGACCAUGAUGGACCGGAUGACACCCAGCGGUGCGUUUGGGUUUUAUGCUGGGCUGUGCUUUUUGGGCUGGUUGUUUGUUCUAUUCUUGUUCCCGGAUUUGAGUGGGCUCACCCUGGAGGAAGUGGCGGAGAUAUUGAGUACAAGUUUUGGAAUUCGGGAGGCGAGGAGGAGGAAGAAGGCUCUGAGGCAGCUUAGUGAUGAUGAGAAGAGGAGGAGGGAAGAGGCGCUCAUGGAGAAGGUUUGAUUGAUGUCUUUUCUCCUUCUCAUCUUGUAUUUGGCCUCCGAUAGAAUAGAAGGUUGAAGAAUA